AGAGCGCCUUUUUCUUUCUACUUUGUCCCUCAUCCAUCCUUCUCUCUUUAUAAAUUCUCCCACAGACCUUUCUCUUCUUUCCUUCCCCUAUCUCUCAUCAUUUCAUUAUCUCCUCUCUCUCCACCCAUUUUUCACACAGAAGAUCUGGAGGAAUUAUGGAGAUGAUGAAUCGUUGCGGGGGUAAGAAGAGCGGUUUUGCUGCCUGGGAGGAUAUGAGAGGCGUCGCCGAGCGGAACGAGCCGGUGGUGUGCCCCAAGCCCCGCCGGCUCACCCAGCUUGCCGCCGGCGUUGACCCGCUCCGGCCUCUCCGAUGGCACGCCGGUACUCAGGUGGAGCCGCUUUGCGAUUCCAAAGCGGGCAUGGAGCUUCUAGAUAUUUUUCUCACAAAGGGUGGAGAGGCGAGCCCGGUGGCGUCGCCGCCGCCGUUCUUCUGCGGUUCGCCACCGAGCCGGGCGUCGAACCCGCUGGUCCACGACGCGAGAUUCGGCGAGGAGAAGCCCGCCGGCCCGUCGCUUCUCCCGCACGCCGUCAUCCCCUCCGGCUCGCCUGCGGCCCCCGCCACGUCAGCUUCCCGAAAGGGCUGCGGGCCCACCAAGUUCGGGCUCAAGCCGGCCGCCAUGAGGAUCGAGGGUUUUGACUGCCUCGACCGCGAUCGCAGGGGCUGCGGCAUCACCGCCAUCGCCUAAAAAUUCGAAAAAAAAAAGUCCCAACUCUUUUAUGUUUAAAUUAACCGGUAGGAGAUGGAGAAGAGAAAGAAAGAGAGAUUGACGGCAUCCAAAUCAACGUUAGGAGCUGAGAAAUCCUUGUGAUGACUGUAUAUAAACCACUAUCAUUAGCUUUUUGUUCUCGAUGUUUAAUUAUGGGAAGGUGUAGAUACGGGAAUAAGCGGGGAGGAGGUUGGUCAAGCUUUGUUUUCUCCUCCCUCUUCGUUUUUAUCUUCCUUUUUUUCCUUCCAGGCUAGUUUUUGGUAUUUUCCAUUUGAUUGUUACUUAUUGUCCUGUUGGAGAUGAGCGAGUUCUCUCCAAUCCAUCCUUUGAUAUCGAGUCUGUUGUGAUUCUAUUCUAUUAUGGGUCUAAAUUGAGGCCAAGAAUUUGUAAAAAGAAUGGUAGGAUGUGGACUCAAGAGCUUGAGUCAUGGGAUGUGUAUAUAAAGAUUUAUUUAUGCUUUGAUAAUAUUCUUCAGACUUCGGCCUUUUCAAUUA